ACACACGCCCACGGCCGAUGGGCGUAUCGGUGGGCGUGGCCUGCCCAGCAUUUAAGCGACGCGCUGACCUCCCGUUCGCGCGUGCAGCUCUCAGGUGAACGCAGAUAAAGCAGAAGCAGGAUGGACCUUGCGGAAGCUCUUGGCGACUGGCCCAGUGGCAACAGCCAAGCAGGAGGACAGCAACCAAACCCUUCUUGGCCAGGUCAGCCUGGUCAACCCACCUGGCCUGGAGGUCAGCCUGCAGCCAACCCCACCUGGCCUGGAGGUCAGCCUGCAGCCAACCCCACCUGGCCUGGAGGUCAGCCUGCAGCCAACCCCACCUGGCCUGGAGGUCAGCCUGCAGCCAACCCCACCUGGCCUGGAGGUCAGCCUGCAGCCAACCCCACCUGGCCUGGAGGUCAGCCUGCAGCCAACCCCACCUGGCCUGGAGGUCAGCCUAGUCAACCCACCUGGCCUUCUCCCCAACCCAGUGGACCAGGUGUCCCUAGUGCCCGCCAACAGACUCUGACAGUGCCGUACAAACAUAACCUGCCCAGUGGAGUUUUUGACAAAGUGCUGAUCUGCAUCGCUGGAUCCAUCAAACCCAAUGCUGACAAGAUCACCGUGGAUAUGAACACAGACAGGGACCUGGCCUUCCACUUCAACCCUCGCUUCAAUGAGAGUGGCAAGAAGGUGAUUGUCAGGAACAGCUGCAUUGAUCAGAGGUGGGGCAAAGAGGAGAGAGAGCUGAACAACUUCCCCUUCGUACAAGGACAGCCAUUCGAGAUGAAGAUCUUGUGCACCAACACAGAGUUUAAAAUUGCUGUCAACAAUACUCAUCUGCUGGAGUUUAAACAUCGGAUCACUGACUUGUCAACCAUCAAAACAAUCAACAUCUACAAUGACCUCACCUUGUCCAAGGUAGAGGUGCAGACCCUGCCCUAAGAUGCAUCACCUGAUCCACUCCACAUCGUCUGCAGGCAUCCUGGUGGAGGUGUUUCUAUAUUUCUGUUCUAAAAAGCAGAUUGUAUGGAAUUUAAUCAGUUAAAAAAGCAUGAUGUAUCAAAGCACUUUUUAGACCUACUGAGGAUUUCUUCUCUUGCAUCUCCUAUAAAUAAAGGUUUAGUACUUCA